AUGGCCCAGUGCGUGGGGCCCACAAUUCUGCUGCUGCUGCUGCUAUGGCUGCUUCCGAGUGAGUGGCUGUCUUUCUCAGGACCCCGGAACCUGGCCUCUCUGUCCCAGACCCUCAGGGACAGGGCUGCAGUAAUCCCCAGAGCCCACGGCCGCCCCUCUCUGCGACGGAAGGCGGGCCAGUGCCAGUCGUUCACGUCUUUGAGCCACACUCUGUCCCCCUCGGGUUUUGAGCGCCCUGCAUCUUCGGAGGGCAGAGCCGGGGAUGAAGUGUGCCCCCCGAGAACUGCAGUCUGCACCCCUCCACCAGGGUGGUCGAGCUCAGCCGCACAGAACCGAUGCGUGGACGCGGCCGAGGCAUGCACGGCGGACACGCGGUGCCAGCGGUUGCGCACAGAGUACGUGGCGCAGUGUCUGGGUCCGGCCCCGCCUGGGGGUUGCGCCCGCACCCGCUGCCGCCGCGCCCUGCGCCGCUUCUUCGCACGCGGGCCGCCGGCGCUCACCCACGCGCUGCUCUUCUGCCCGUGCGGCAGCCCCGCGUGCGCGGAGCGCCGGCGCCAGACCUUCGUGCCCGCCUGUGCCUUCUCCGGGCCCGGCCCCGCGCCGCCCUCCUGCCUCGCGCCCUUAGACGCCUGCGAGCACAGCCGGGUCUGCAGGCCCCGCCUCCUGGCCUUCCAGGCCUUCUGCUCGCCUGCCCCCAGCUCCGCCGACCGCUGCCAGCCGGACCAGGCCCCUAACUGUCUGCGCGCCUACGCGGGCCUCAUGGGCACCGCCGUCACCCCCAACUACUUGGACAACGUGAGCGCACGCGUGGCGCCCUGGUGCCACUGCGGAGUCAGCGGAAACCGGCAGGAGGAGUGCGAAGCUUUCCGGGGGCUCUUUACAAGGAACCGCUGCUUGGGUGAGGGGCCGGGGCGGAGCGGGGCGGGAGUCCGGUCUGCAGUUACUGUCCCCUACCAAGCCGCUCGGCCAGCGAGAGCCCAUGUUAGAGAUGGCGCCAUACAGGCCUUUGACAGCGGCUGGCCCCCAGUCCUGCAGGACCAGCUAGACUCCCACCAGGACCUUGAGCACAGACUCCUGCAGGUGUCCUCUGCAGACGGGCCCCUGGAGGGAUGCUCCAUGUUCUCCAUGCUCCUUGUCCUGGCUCUCCAGCCUCUGCUCUGACUAGGACAGCAAACCUUGGACAACAUAGCCAACUGUCCCACUCUGCUUGAGGCCACCUCUGUGGCCUACUGCCCUACUGAAAAGGGAUUGGCUUACCUCCCAAGCUGGCUUCAGUGCUCUUGCCCAGCUGCUCUUUGCUGCUCUGGACACCCUGUGUGCCUGUCCCCUGGGGUGAGGUAUGUAGGCUAGGGCCCUGACUGCAAAGCCCAUGGUUUCCCUUUCAGUAGGUUUCUUGGUUGUAGGUCUCUUUCUCCACAGACCUUGAAACAGUUAGGGUCUCCUACAGGGUAGGCAUGGGAGGGGGUCACCUGUGUAGCUGAGGCCUCAGUGGGGCCCCAGAUCACCUAGAAAAGGUCAGAGACCAUCCAACCUUCAGAAUUCUAGGAGAUGUUUACCAGCCUCCCAAGCAUAGCAUGCUGUAAAGAGUAUAGCUGAACAGACUUGUAGGCAAAACCCCUUCUAACACUGCAGCCUUUCAUGGCACCCUCCCAGUUAGGUACCACCCAUGAUGGUAGUCACCUGCACCCCAUGACGAAAGUUGGCAGAGUGCUUCCCAUCCAAGAUAUGUUGCUUGGUGGGCACCGCCUGGAGUAAGUGAGAAUCCAGUCCUCUGCAUUGCACUGGCCAUAUGGCCAUUUUCCCCGUGGUUUUACCCAGCACUAAGAAUGGCAUCCACAGCUCAAUAAAUCCAUGUGCACUGAGACUGGCCUUGCUUUCACUGAUUUUUGUCCUAGGA